AUGUGGCGGUUUCGUGCCCAGAAGUCCACUUUGAAUACACUUCAAUCUCCUGAACUGCAAGACUUGAACAGUUCCCAAUGCGCAGGAAAGAAACUGUCGACGGCAAAAACACUACUCAGACCACCCACCAGGCGGACGGGGUUUUUGAGCAGAUGCGCCUCGAAUUUGAGCUGUGUAAAUCCUCAGACAGUCUCAAUAAAACAAAAUAAGAUUACGAUGCCGAGUAUCUCAACUAAAUCGCCGGUGAAGUGUUGGAACCUGAUGGAUAGCCCGGUUUAUUCAAGAGAUUUGACCACCAAGGACCCGCCAAAGGAAAUGGGAAUUGAUGAGGAAGAAUGGUACCAUCGGAUUAAAGAUCCAAAGACUUCCGCUACACUCGAAUUUCUUACUCCGUGCCUUUGUCAACUUUCGGGAGUUCUUUCAAAUGCCGAAAUACCCGACAAGUCCAAAGCAGAAUUGAGCGCUGCUCUGGAGACACGCUGGUCUCAAGGCGACACAAGUAAAAUGGAGAAGUCUGUGAUUGAGCUAGUCUAUGAUAUGGCAAAGAAGAAAGUGCUUAAGAUGAGACCAGUAAACGUGAUCAGAACGAGUCAAGGAAGUAUAUGCGCCAUUUUAGAUAAAUUCUCUCUCACUUCGAAUAGCGCAGCAAAUAAAGAUUUCGAAAACACCAUCGAAAACCUUGGGAACGUGUGGCACGAUAUAGAAGGCAAAAUGCAUUUGGAACAGAUGCCUUCACAUGGUGGCUGGUUUGAGGAAUGGAACAUGGCAGUUCCCGGCCAAUUCUAUCAUGAAAGUAUCGAACACGAAAUCUUACUUUUGGGGAAAAGAUUGGGAAACCCGAUGAUCCUCCGAUUCUUUUACAAUCUCACCAAGGAUCUAUUGGUCCAGCCCGAGGAGUCCAGGUCGGCUUAUUACGAGAAGAAGCGCGAAGAGUUUCUGAAGGGACUUCAAGAAGAGAGGGAUGUUGGAAAAAGUACAGAGACGACGCUUAGGCGUACGUAUGCACUACUAAAGGAGUUGAGGAAUAUGCUCCACGAUGUAGAUGAGGAUGAAAACCGCAUACACGCUCCUAUAGAAUUUUUUGAAGAAGAAAAUAAUAAGCCAGAGCCCGAGGUUCACGCAUCUACAUUUCGUACAUUAGGCUUUCGUAGUAUCUCUAUGCCAACCAAUCUUAGGAAUUCCCCAUCUUCAUCAACUUAA